GUAGAAAAACUGCAUGGCAUUCCUGAGUUUUCUUAGUAAAAGUCGGCGUAGCGAGUAAGAACAACCAUGUCAGAGAAGAAUGUCAGCAACCCUGGUGGUGACCGAAAAACAACGGAAACGGGGGAAGAGACAUUUCAGGAAUUUGUUCGCCUCACGAAGGCCACAUCCGAUCAUCAAGAGAUGGAGCUCCAGCAAGAAAAGGCCAUGGAAGCAAUCACUAAGCUUCAGAAGGACAGGCAGGCCUGCCAGGACGAGUGCUCCAGCACCACUCUGAGGAAGGAGAAGGCAGAGCAGGAGCUGCAGCAGCUCCACAGAGAAGAAGACGAGAAGCACCAGGCCAUCAGGGAGCUGAGCGCAAAGUGUGAGCAGAGCCAGGAGGAGCAGCUGAGGCUGCAGGAGAAACUCCAGGCCGACAGGACUGUCAUGGAGGCAGUCAGAAAGAACCUGGAGGUCCGGCUAGCCAAGAACGCCCAACUGGCCCUGGAGAACGAGCAGACUGCUCAGAGGGUGGAGCACCUGUCCUUGGAGAACCAGCAGAGGACAUCUGAUCUGAAGACCUCAGAGGAAGAGACUGAGACCGUGCGUCAGGAGAUAUCCCGGCUCGAGCUGAUGAAAGAGAACAACCAGAAGAAGCUCCACCAGCUCGAGGACCUCAAGAUGGAGUCUGAGCAUCAGAGAGACAUGCUGAAGAGCCAGACAGCUGGUCUGGAGACAGAAAUUGAGUUUAACCAAAAGCAGAUGAAGAUUGAUAACAAGGCCAUCAGGGAGUUGAUGCGUGAGAAAGACAUUCUGAACAAGAACCUAAUUACGGCCUCCACGGUGGCGAAGAAGCAACUGUGCGUGGUGAAGCUUCACGAGCAGUCCAAGAAGAACCUGGAGCAGGAGAUCAAGAGCUACAAGGACGAAGCUCGGAAGCAGCUGAAGAUAAUCGCCCAGCAUGAGAAGGAGCGAGACCACUACAUCAGUGAAGCUGAUUCUAUCCUGGAUGAGGUCCACCACAUAACGGAGGAGACCCGAGAGAGGAAGGUGGAGAUCUUUGAGUACAGGAAGAAGAUCGGUGACGUGGAGAAGGAAGUUAAACAUCAGCAGCAUCUGUAUGAGGCUGUGAGGUCUGACAAAACCAUUUACAGCAAACAGCUCAAUGAGAUGCAGGGCGAGAUGAGCGAGAUGAAGACGCAGCUGAAGAUGAUGCAGUGUGACGCUGACCAGCUCAAGGAGGAGCUGCACGAGAAGGGAUCCGCUUUCGAGAAGGAAACGCUCGAGUUACUCAACGUGGAGGACGAGAACACGCGGCUAAAGGUGGACCUUGAUAAACUGAAGGAGCAGGUUCAUGAGACGAAACAUGUCAUUGAAGCUCAAGAAGCAGAAGAGAGCAAGCUUCUCAAGGUUCUAGACGAUACUGACGCCCAGCUGGUCACACAGAGAAAGCAGUUGAGCCAGGUGAUCCGCGAGCGGGAUAACCUGGAUAGGCAGCUGGUGGAGCGCGAUAAAGAGUUGGAGUCCCUGUACAAGAGGAUGAAAAUCCAGCAGGACGUGAUGAGCAAAUGUGAGAUGCUCUACAAUGAGAUGUCCAACAAAACCCAGGUGCUGAAGGAUGACAUCAAAAAGCUGGCCCAAGAGAAGAAAAUUGUGGACAAAGAAGUGUCAAAUAUCGAAGAUCUCCGGCGUGAGGUGAAUCAUUUACAGAAGGACCUGCUUCAGGAGCAGAUGAUUUGCAAAGUCUUAGAAGAGGAAAUUCAGAUUCCGGACAAUGUUCACCGAUGGAGGAACCUUAAGAUCUGUGACCCUGCAACCUACGAGCUGCACCAGAAGAUUCACCACUUGCAGAAGAGCCUGAGUACAAAGUCUAAGCAGGUAGAAGAAACAGAGGUCUUAUUACAGCAGAGGCAGAAAUCGUAUGUGCAGCUCAAGCAGGAUUUGGCCCAUCAGCCAGGUCCAGAGGUUGCCGAGAAAAUGAAGAACUACCAGCAGACCCUGAGGGAUAAGAAAACACAGCUCAGGGUCUUGUGA